UGCGCCAGCUGUCAAUGAUCGACGAGUUCCUCGAGCUGCUCAUCGUCAUCAUCGGGGAGCGCUGGAUGCCCGGAGUAUCGCUCAUGACCGAGGAAGAUCGCCUGCGCAAGGAGAUAAUCCAGCUGCUGUGCAUCAAAUCCUACUCCCAUUCGGAGCUGAGUCGCGCCCUGCCUGACACCACCGGCGGCAACAGUGACAGUGUCUUCGAGGACGUCAUCAACACGGUGGCCACGUUCAAGAAGCCCGUGGGUGCCGAUCGGAAGGGCGUCUACGUUCUGAAGGAGUCGCUGUUCGAAGAAUUCAACGUGUACUUCUAUCACUACACCAAGGAGGAUAAAUCAAAGGCCGAGGAGCUGCAGCGGGAGCGUCGCAAGGCCAAAAAGGAACUGGUCUGCUGUCCGCCCCCCAUGCUGCCGCAGUUGACUCCAGCGUUCACGUCCAUGGCCAACAUAUUGCAGUGCAAUGUGUUCCUCAGCAUCUGCACUUUGACUAUGGAUCGGGCUCUGGACAUUCGCAGCCGCUCCUUCUCGGAAUCCCAUGUGCAGAAGAUUUUACAUUUGCUCGGCUUUGCCAUCCAAGAGGAACUUAGCGAGCACUACCCAUUUCUCAGUUUCUAUGAGCGCGCGCAGCAGUUUGGAAUCCUCGACAAGUUGGACGAGCUAGCACGCUGCCCAAGGUUGGAGGCACAUCGUGACUUUGUGCUUUGGACCAUUAAACGGUACAAGGAUAUGCAGGCCAAGCAGGCGCCAGCAGCAGCGGCCGGGCCCAGCGGCUCUCAGAAGAAGACUGCGGGCGAAGAGCCGCCGCUGACAUCCGAGGAACAGGCACGCCAGGAGAAGGAGACCCGCGCCAAGCUGGCCGCCGAGCGUCGAGCCAAGAUUAUGGCCCAGAUGAAGAGUGCCCAAAAGUCCUUUAUGAAGUCGAACGCUGAGAUGUUUGCCAACAGCGACCUGGAGCAGGAUUCAAUCUCAACAGGAGCCUCUAGUAGCCGGGGGGCGGCAUCCUCCAUGGGCAGCACCGCUAUGGAUUGGGAGGAUAUAUCGGAUGAGAGCCUAGAGGACCAGGGUGCGGCAGCUCUAGUGAUAAAGCAGAACCCGGCCUGCCUGGGGCCAAACCGGGCCCACUACCAGGCGCAGGAGAACAGCUUCAAAUGCAUCCUGUGCUUCGAGAACUGUAGCAUCAACCCGGACGGACCACCGCUCGUUAGCUCCGCGUUUGUGCAGACCUCACGCGUGAUCCUGACUACACCGAGCCACUACAAGGGCAAGUGCGGCAUGCACGUGAGCUGCUGCGGCCACGUGAUGCACUACAAGUGCUGGCAGGAGUACUACAGUAACGAGGAGUCUAAGGAGCAGCGUCGCCUCCACCGGAAUCGUCUCGCCCUCAGCCAGGGCCACAACGUGGAGUUCCACUGUCCGUAUUGCCGGGCCCUCAGCAAUACUGUGCUCCCCGUCAGCGAGCCCCUGGUCGGACUUAUUCCCGGCGGCCUUCCCGGAGUGCCGCCGGCUGUCAGCUCCGAGAGCUACUUGCCCCUGGACUGCUUCGUGGAGAUCAUGAGGACUCUUGCUGGGGAGCUAUCGGCUCCAGCCGGUGACAACACCAUGUGGCAGUAUCCGAGCGUUCUGCGCAGGUCCAAUGUAAUCGGCGAUCUGGCUCAGUUCGAGCGUAGUGUGCAGCUGAUCGCGAAGCCGCAGCUGCACGCCACUUGUAUGGAGGUGAUGACCUCCUUCAACAAGGCGCUGCAAAAUGCGAUGAUAAGCCAACAGCCGAACGCUGUCACAGAGGGCGGAGUAGGCGGCGAGGCCGAGAACCCGUACCUGGUGUUUGACACAUGCAGCUACACAUUGGAGUCCCUUGAGAUCUACAUGUACACUAUGCGGAAGCCGCUCAAGGUGGAGAUGCCCAUGCGCCAUCAGACGUGCACCACGAACCUGGUGCGCGCCUGCGCCCUCUACUCGAGUUGGGCUCCGCAGCGACCCGAACUGGCGUCCAAGCUGCUGGACACCAUAUUCAACCAGAAGGGAACCAGUGUCCUCGAAUGGGACUGCUUUCGCAUGCUAGUCCAGCUAAGCUUUGGGGUCCUCAACCUCAUGGUGAGGGAGAAUGAACACACUUUUCUGCCCAGCGGGAGCAUGUUCGAUUUCUACAUGAUGCAGACAAUGUUCCUGGCCAAUGUCACAAAGGCCGUCAUCUGCUUUGACGUUGAGAAACAGCUGGACAGUCGGCGGGCCAAGGAGGAGGCUGGCAUGGCGCCAACUGAGCUCUCUCAGCUAGCAUAUGUGGAGCAGCUUCCCUCGAAGAUCCAGGAGAAUAUGGUGGCGUUCUAUCGUCGCUACAAUGUGCCAUCCCGAAUGCGCCAGCUGGUGCAGCAAAAGGAGUCGGAGGAGAAGCACGACCAGAGUCAGAGCCAAAGUCAGAACCAAGAGCAGACUGUGGUAAUCCCAUGCGAGCUGCAGCACCUGGCCCUGAUGCUGGAGUAUGUACAGUGUCAGAUGAGAGCAUUCUUGCGAUGCGCCUGCCUCUUCUACCGCUGCCUGACCGAUGUUGAGUUCCCCGACACGUUCCCCACAGAACAACCGGAUAGAUUUGACCUGAUGUGCCAGUACCUGGGUCUGGAUGCUGACAUGGGCGUAUAUUUCGAUAUGGAGACAGUCUAUGCCACCGUGAUGCACAACUUUGCCUCGCAUCCGCACAUCCUGCGCCAGGCCGAGCAGUGCAGUUUACGCUAUGGAGAUCCCGUGGAGGUGUUACCAUGUCUGCGUCCCCUGCCGGAGCUGAAGCCGCUCUUUGAGGACUACAGCGAUCUGAUCAACAGCGUAUCGGACAUUUUCUGUCCCAACAACGAGCGCGAGGAAAUGAAGACCCCUACGAUGUGCCUGAUCUGUGGCAAAGUGCUUUGUGGACAGUCGUACUGCUGUCAGCCAGAGCUGGGAAAGAUGUCGGUGGGGGCCUGCACCCAUCAUGCCCACAGCUGCGGCGCCGAGGUCGGCAUAUUUCUACGCAUACGGGACUGCCAGGUUGUCUAUCUAGGCCGUGGCAAGGGCUGCUAUGUCCAGCCACCGUAUCUGGACGAGUAUGGGGAGACGGAUCAGGGCCUAAGGCGCGGCAAUCCAUUGCGCCUCAGCCAGUAUGCCUAUCGCCGCAUCUUUAUGCAGUGGUUGGGUCACAAGCUGCACGAGGAAAUUGCUCGACUCAAUGAUAAUGCCAACGUGGCUGUAAGGCAAUGGCAUCACAUGUAGUCCGAACGAAGAGCGAGAAGUAGUAGUUCAGCUUCGGAACGAAAGGGGAAGAACUGGAGCUGGAGCUGAACAUGAAGCUGUAGGAGAUCGAGAGCAAGAGCGAUGGCAAUGGCGACAGUCAAUGUGAUUAUUACGUACUAACAUUAGGAGAGCAUAUUUAUACGUCUAAGCAUUUUACAAGUUAUCCUUUGGAAAGGAAACAGAUCCCCCUUCCCAC